AGAGAGAGAGAGAGAGAGAGACCGAGACCCAACCAUAAAGAGAAAAGGGAGAAAUGAGAUGACAACAGAAAAUGCACGCAGUGAUACAUAAAAGAGCAUGAUGUGUUGAAGCAGAGGAAAAGGAGAGAUACAUCUGGAUUUCUCACCGGCAAGGGAACAAGAGUAAAAGCAUCAGUAUCGCUAAACCACUUAAGGACGUGGAUUAAAAAAAGAGAGAGGGAAAGGGAAAAGAGAGGAGGAAAAUAAUCUGAUCACUUGUUUAUUUUCAUGGUCUGUGUGCGCAUAUGGGAAGAGACUGCAUUGCUGUUCACUAGCAGAGGCGUCAGGAGAGAACCAAGCUUAAUUCCUCUUUUUUCUUUCUCUCUCUGUUUCUGUGUUGCACUGUGUGGCAGGAGCAUGUUAGGUGGGUUGGGGGACAAACGACAAGCUGAGCCAGCCAAAAGAGAUGGAUCCGUAAAGCUGUAAAUGGUGUUGGAUCUGGCCAGUGGCUGACUGUUAGCUGUUUGGGAUCCCAGGUUUCUAGGUGGAGCCUGGUGGUCCUCGGCUGCUAGGGAGAGCUAAAGCAAAAAGCCCCGGAGAGGAGGAGGCACAAGCAGCUGGGAGCGUGCCAGCGGUGGGGCCCUGCGUGGAGGGAGGGGGCCAGAACCCAAACCCCAAAGAAAAGGAGUUUGCUGCGUUUGUGUUGGCAGGUAAAACACAUGGCUGUUGUGGGCCUUCUCCCGUCUGUGAGCUGCAGCUGUAGGAGAUUGGACCUGGAGUGACAGUGAACCAAAGCUCCAGGAUAAUGGUUUGAAGAGGUCCCCGCUGCUCCUCCCUGGCCUCACAGGAGGGACCCUACACACUGGGGGGCUAUUUUGCUUUUUCCUCUUUUUAUUUUUCUCUUUAAGUCAACCCGGGGGAUUUGUUUGGGUGUCUUCCUCCCCCCCACACCUCAUCAUUAUCACUAACCCCGCCCCCAACUCAGUUUUUAAUUUGUUUUCUUUUUUUGAGAUUUGGGGGAUUUGCCAAAACCUAUUUCAUGCAUGUCCACUGGGGGCAGGUUCAACUUUGAUGAUGGGGGGUCAUACUGUGGGGGGUGGGAGGAAGGCAAAGCCCACGGCCAUGGCAUCUGUACUGGGCCGAAGGGCCAAGGCGAGUACUCAGGGUCCUGGAGCCAUGGCUUUGAGGUGGUGGGGGUGUACACAUGGCCCAGUGGGAACACCUACCAGGGCACCUGGGCGCAGGGCAAGCGCCAUGGGAUUGGAGUGGAGAACAAGGGCAAGUGGGUGUAUAAGGGGGAGUGGACAAGUGGAUUUAAAGGACGCUACGGCCUCAGGGAGAGCACCGGCACCAGCGGGAAGUACGAGGGGACCUGGAACAACGGUCUUCAGGACGGAUACGGCACUGAGACCUACUCUGAUGGAGGUACGUAUCAAGGCCAGUGGGUGGGGGGGAUGCGGCAUGGAUACGGCAUGCGGCAGAGUGUGCCAUACGGCAUGGCAGCCAUCAUCCGCUCUCCGCUGCGUACCUCCAUAAACUCCUUGCGCUCGGAGCACAGUAACGGGACGGCUCUGCUCGCGGACCGGGCCGGCGUGGGGAGUGGGGGCGGGACGGGCUCCACCGGCAGCCCGGCCGUGUCGCGGGGGGGUUUCGUGCUCACGGCACACAGCGAGGCAGAGCUGCUGAAGGGCAAGAAAAAGGGUCUGUUCCGAGGUCGCUCCAUCCUCAGCGGACUCAAACUGAGGAAGUCUGAGUCCAAGAGCUCCCUGGCCAGCCAGCGCUCCAAGCAGAGCUCGUUCCGCAGCGAGGCAGGCAUGAGCACAGUCAGCUCGGUCAACUCUGACAUCAACUCCACUAUCAGCCUGGGAGAGGGCGAAGCUGAGCUGGCCAUCGCCGAGGAUGACGUGGACGCCACAGCAACAGAGACCUACUGCGGAGAUUGGAAGAACGACAAGCGCACGGGCUGUGGGGUGAGCCGGCGCUCGGACGGCCUGCACUAUGAAGGGGAGUGGGUGGGAAACAAGCGGCACGGGUACGGCUGCACCACCUUCCCUGACGGGACCAAGGAGGAGGGCAAGUACAAGCAGAACGUCCUGGUGAGCGGCAAAAGGAAGAACCUGAUCCCCCUCCGAGCCAGUAAGAUCAGAGAGAAGGUGGACCGGUCUGUGGACGCGGCCAAAAAGGCUGCGGACAUCGCCAAGCAGAAGGCUGAGAUCGCCAUGUCUAGGACGGCCCAUGCGCGGGGGAAGGCGGAGGCGGCCGUGGGAGCUGGCCAGAAGGCCCAGGAGGAGUGUCGCCUCGCCAGGGUCACCGCCAAAGGGUUCUCCCCCUCCUUCCAGCACCGUGAAAACGGAGUAGAGGUCCGAAGGCCAAAGCAUCAGAACUCCAGUGAGAACGACAUCGAGGUGAUCUCCAGUGGCACGGGGCCAGACAGUCCUGAACUCUACAUAAAGGGCACCACGCCCCCCAACCUGACCCCUGACCUUAGCCCUGAGGCCAGCCACCCAUCCUCACCCCCCUGCAGCCCCACCACUGCCAAGCCACACCGCACCAAGAACGCACGCUUCCUGCGGCAGAGUGCUGUGGACGACACUGGGGGGGGCAGUGGUGGCCAGGAGAUCCAGGUGCUGAUGGAGGGCCGUGGAGGGGGGGAGUACCUAAGGGCCAACAGCUGGAGCGAGGACAAGCGCUCUUCUAAAGGGGGCAGCAGGGGGGGCAGCAGGGGCAGCAGUCGCUCCACCACCCCCUCUGUCCAGGACGAGGCCAGGGGCCGCACCAAUGGCCACGGCCAUAAGCACGCCUCCUCCAAUCACAAGUCUCGAGAGCAUGGCUCGUCCAAUCACAAGGCCUCCAGGGACCGAUGGUCGGACUGCCCGUCGGCAUCGUGGAGGUCCCAGCAGACGCACAGCGGUGACACGCGGCUGCUGGAGCAGGAUGAGGAGAAGCUGAGCAACUACGAGAUGGAGAUGAGGCCGCUGCAGCCCAUGGACUCCAACUCCCAGAAGCCCUAUGGGUUGGGAGAGGAGAGCCAUGGUCACAGUGGUGAGGCCCGCUCCCACACGCUGCAGAGACAGCGGCCUUCUAAGAGCCGGGAGGCCAGGGAGGGCCGGGAAAGGGAGGCGGCACGGCCGUCAGGAGAGUGGGAGGGCAUAGAGGGAAAGGAGGGUCCGGCCCCAGACUCAAUGCAAAAGCUGGACAGUCUGAGCAAGGGGGACAAGUUGGAGGCUCGGCCUCUGCGCAGGGAUCUCACCCUCUCCCCCCCACAGAAAUCCUCACCCAUUGCACUAGAACACGACGAUGACAAGAAACUAACCCAGCUCAAAGCAAACUCGGGCUCCAGCUCAAUUCUGGUCGUCAUGGUGAUUUUGCUCAACAUUGGAGUCGCAAUUUUGUUUAUUCACUUUUUUAUUUAAAAUUGGAUUGCCUAAUGAUUCCUAUUAUUAUCUAUGCUAUUAUUAUAACAUAUUAUGAGUAUCAUCAUGACAAUACAGCCCUUGGCCAUUUUACACUAUGUAAAGAGUACAGUAAGAGUAUUAACAAUAUGGGGAUAAAGAUGGUUCCCAAUGCCCAGAUUUCAGAUAAGCAGUGAUCUGCUUUCUCUCCCUGACAUUACCUGUUUUUCAUCUUAAAUUGUUGUUUAAAAAAGGUUUGUAACUUAUAAUUUAACUUAUUAAUUUGCUCACGUAUGAUAUGUUAUUUUAAAUCAUUUUUUAUUCCUUGCUUGCCUUUUCUCUGUUAAUAUUGCUGAUGUGUGUUUGGGAUGGUAGACUCAGAUGAGCACUUCUUGUAUGAUGGUGUAGCGGGUCGAAUGAGACAGGAUAUAAUGUAUCUUGUCUGGUUGUGGCUGUGUCCACCUGACCUGGGUUCAAAUUCUAUUUGACAUCAUUUAAAAUACUUUAGCUGUGCUUGAUUGAGCUUGACUGUUGCAAUGGAAACAAUAGAAAAGUCUCAAAAGUGCAAAACCCUGCCUACCUGGUAGUCGAGGCAGGCUAAAGCAAAUGCUGAAAGUAUUUUAAAGAUUCCAAGUAGUAUUUGAACCUAGGUGUGUUGUCCACCCAGGUAAUACAAGGUUCAAAGGGAGGGAAACGGACCCCGGUCCUACCCACUGCCCUCCAAACCCUCCCCCCUCCCUCCUGCACAUUUAUACCCUUCUGACACGCUGUUACCCUUCCCAAUUAUUAGUUCAGCCUCUCACCCCCCCCUUCCCCCUCUUCCCGGUAGUCCCCUCAUGACCUCACACCAUAUCAUGUUACCCUCUUUUCCUUGUUUCAUGUAACUCUCCUUUUAUUUUAUACCCCAACAUGCUCCCCUAUUCCUACAACCAACCAUCUUAACCAAGACUUCCCCAAAUAGACCACAGAAUGUCAUGGCAAGCAGGUGUUUCAUGAAAAAGGAAACAACAUAUAGAUAUAUAGAUAUAGAUAUGAUUAAAUAAAAUAGGGCUAAAAAAAACACUUUUGCAACUAGAGAUCCUGGUUAGCAACAGGACAUGUUUACAAUCUGAAAAAGCAGGAUGACCAACACAAAAUUGCCUCUAACAACUAUAGCACCAUAAAACCUAUCUAUGUUAGUAAACCUGUUGCAAAUUUAGCAACUUGGGUUAGCAAGAUUGAGCCAUGUGCAAAUAACUACUGUAUAUCAACUCUAAUCUGUCUGCAACCGGAGUAGGAAUAGUUUUGUCUGAAAGGGCUUCUAAUAUGAAAGAUUCUCUUUAUAGUCAACAUACAACAAAAUGAAAAUAUGAUCUAAAGGAAAGAACUCUCAAACACACACACACACACACACUGUACAAUACCAUGUACACAACAGGUACAAUACUCACACACAUACAGUGGUAUGUGAAUGAUGAUAAGCUAUAUUCAUAUAAAAUAUUGACAUUCCAAACAACUUUCUCAAUGUCUCUCUGGCCUUUAACGCACAGGUUGAACUUUAUAUGAGGACUAGCGCAUGACAUUCUGUCAGUUCUCAUCCAUCUGCUCCUCUGUCCCCUACAGAGCCAUUCUCUCUCUCUCUCUUUCUCUCUCACUCUCUUUCUCUCUAUCUUUUUUUCCUUCUCUCACUCUCUUUCUCUCUCUACAGUAUCAUGUCUAAAGGUUUCUACCCAAACCUCACCCCACACACCUGGUCUGGUCUGGAGGCACUGGCUGGCUGGACAGUAAGAGGCCCUAGUGCAAGUUCAGAGACUGUUAUGUUUCAAACUGCUGCUUUCAAAACAAAUGAUUUACCAAGACAGAAAAAAAAAAAAUAUUGAGCUAUUUGCAAGACUUCUUAAAAAAAACGCCUACUGCCUUGUUUUAUAAAGUUGAAAAAAUAUAUAUAAAAUGCAUGCUCAUGUAUGUUUUAGUUUUGUAUAGAUCAACUUUUUGGGGGAAAAAUAUAAAAGUCUCCUCUAGCCCUCUACUGCUAAUAUUCCAUCCUAUUUUUUGGAAGAUUUAGGCUUUUCUCCCCCUCCACACAGAUUUUAUUUGUUGCUAAAACACCAAGGAAAAUAUGAUAUUUUUAGAACAUUUAUUAAGAGGAACAUAGUAGAAACAAGCAUUCUUUUCAUAAGCAUAAACUAGUAUUUCACUGCCUCUCAAACCUGAUUCUUCCUCGCUGUCACUGUCCUCAAGCUCACUGUUCUCACUAUCAGAGGGUAUGAUCCUAACUGCUCCAUUAGGCUCCUUUCACCCAUAGAAUGUCGCUGUGUCCAUUGCCUGUGAAUGUCAGUGGAUAUAUUGGCAAAAACAUUGACCAAGGCCAUCCUUUUACAUCAAAUUACAUGUCUUUCAUUGAGCAUGAUAUUGCCCUGAAAAGUAGCCAAACUGCACAACGUUGCCUGACUGCACAAAGUUGCCCUGAGGCAACAAAAAUAAAGCUAAAUGUAUUUAUAUAUACAGAACCAGUCAAAAGAUUGGACACACCUACU